AUAAAUGGACAUAUUAUUUUCAGUGUGUUCGAAAAAGUUUAUUGAAAUAAUUUCUGUUUAAAGUGACAAGGUUGAAAAAUCAGUAAGUGCGCAAUGUCAACUUUGGUAGCGGGUACGAGUGUGCUAAUCGGUCCGCAAACACGCUGGAAGGUGGAAGAGUUGUACAAUUGUGUGCCGUGAACGUUAACGCGAACGGCUGAGAUCGUCUCUAUGAAGAACAAAGAACAACUACUUCUAUCAACAAUUUUAUUCAUAACAACAUCUUCGAAUAAGGAGUUUAACAUGAUGGAGACCAGUACAACAAGCGCAGGACAAGAUGACGAUACGGACUGGUCAAGAAACAUUUCCAUGGAAGAAUAUCUCAUUCAAAACGGCACCAAUGAUACAUACGACACCCUGUAUGAUGUGCCGACUGGCUUGAUAGUGUUGUUGUCCGUGUUGUACGGGUCGAUAUCGAUGUUGGCGGUGGUGGGCAACUUCCUAGUGAUGUGGGUGGUUGCCACCUCCCGCCGCAUGCAGAGCGUUACCAACUGUUACAUCGCUAACCUAGCGCUCGCAGACAUCGUCAUAGGACUAUUUGCUAUUCCAUUUCAGUUCCAAGCGGCGUUACUACAGCGAUGGCUGCUGCCGCACUUCAUGUGCGCCUUCUGUCCGUUUGUGCAAGCGCUCAGCGUCAACGUCAGCGUGUUCACAUUGACCGCUAUUGCAGUCGACAGACAUCGCGCUAUUAUCACUCCACUAAGUGCACAUACUUCCAAACGUAUUGCCAAAGUCAUCAUAGUAUUUAUUUGGGUUCUUGCCUUAUCACUCGCGGCUCCUAUGGCUAUGUCAUGGGAAGUAAUCAUGGAACAAGAAAUAGAUUCGGUGACAGGACUAAUGUACAAGAAACCAUUUUGUACUGCGAGUGAAUUUGGAUCACAUUCACUAGCUAUUUACAGGUUGCUUCUAUACAUAUUUCAAUAUGUGAUCCCGCUGUGUGUGAUAACUUUCGCGUAUGCACACAUGGCGAUGAAAUUAUGGGGCGCGCGAGCCCCGGGCAAUGCUCAGGAGACAAGAGACGCUAAUCAAAUGAAAAACAAAAAACGGGUAAUAAAAAUGUUGGUCCUAGUCGUGGCUCUGUUCGCGCUGUGCUGGUUGCCACUUCAGAGUUACAUGUUGCUACAAUCAUUUUUCCCGUCAAUAAAUGAGUACAGAUACAUAAAUGUGAUUUUCUUUUGCUUCGAUUGGCUAGCGAUGAGUAACUCUUGUUACAAUCCGUUCAUCUACGCUAUUUACAAUGAAAAAUUUAAAAAGGAGUUUAAACAAAGAUUUACUCUACGACAGAAAAGGAAUAGAUAUCACAACGAUAGUUAUGAGGAUGGUCAGUCAUAUCGUACAAGAGUACUUUCAUUUCGGUCAACUAACGAAAGGAGUUCAUAUUAUGCAAGGAAAUCAAUAAGUUUUGCUCCAACGGAUGCUGUGAAAUCUCAAACUAGAAACUCUUGUCACUGUGCAAGAAAUUCUAAUGUGAACUUAGAGGGUGAAUCUCGUCAAAAUGUUGCAGGUGAUCGGGACAACUAUAGAAAUGGAACGAAUAAAAAUGGGUUUAAAACUGACACCUCAAUGAGGAGAAAUAAAUCAAAGAGAGUCACAAAAGACGAUACCUUACCCAUCGGUGAUGAACGUGUUAGUGAACUGUACAUAUUUCCCAAUAGUAACGUUGUAGAAUUCACAGACACGCUAUGUGAUAAUAAAGUGUAAAUUA